AUGUUCCCCGUGCAGAUAAAAGGUCGUAAUCCAAGACUCCCCUAUUCGACAGUCAGGUGUGUCGACGACGGUCUCUAUUCUUCUUGUGAGAGCUAUACCAUAGUCACAAGUCGUCAUCAGUAUGAGGUCAGGCGGCGAAGUCAAGAUGGCUUCGGAGGUCAAGGAGGUUUCGGUGGCCCGGGCGGUCCAAGCGAUUUCGGUGGUUCAGGCAGCCUAGGCGGUGGCGAUCCACACCGCCCUCACUCUCAUGGUUCCGUCAUAUUUAGAGGUCAUCUCGCCGGCCGAGGUGGUUUCGGGGGUCCAGAAGCCGGAAUUAGCGGUUCAGGCGGCAGUCAAAACGGCUUCGGAGGUCCAGCUCCAGGCACAAUCGGCAGUCCAGGUCCCGUCAUAGUAGGAGGUCCAGGCGGCGGUCAAGAUGGCUUCGGAGGUCUACGCGGUAUGUAUGGCGGCUUCGGCUUUCCAAGGCAUGUAGAAAAGGAUGAAAGUGUGCAAUGA